AUGAUACUAGACGACGGCUGUGCAUUAGUAUCCUUACUUUAUGAAAAACAUUCAGAUUUGGCCAGUGGUAUUUAUGGUAUAAGUGAAGAAACAACUGCUGACAUAUACUUAUUAACGAAAAUAUUAAAAGAAAAACGAUUAAAUAUCCCUGUUAUGAAUGUGAAUGACAGUGUAACAAAAUCGAAAUUUGAUAACUUGUACGGAUGUCGCGAAGGUCUCAUUGAUGGUAUCAAACGUGCUACGGAUGUAAUGAUAGGUGGCAAAGUAGCUGUUGUCCUCGGAUAUGGUAAUGUGGGGAAAGGCAGUGCACAUGUAUUAAGAAAUUUUGGUGCUCGAGUAAUUGUCACAGAAAUGGAUCCUAUUUGCGCGCUCCAGGCAGUUAUGGAAGGUUAUGAAGUGACAACGAUGGAAGAAGCAUGUAAAAUUGGACAGAUAUUUGUAACAGCCACUGGUUCUCGUGAUCUUAUACGUAGUGAACAUAUGACAAAAAUGCCAGAUAAUGCAGUUGUGUGCAAUGUUGGACAUGGUGACAUUGAAAUUGAUGUUUUAUGGUUAAAACAAAGUGCUAUUAACAAAGAGACAAUUAAACCACGAACGCCAACUUUGUUUGAUUCUCCCUACAUGCUGGCAAUGGAGUCGGAAAAGUUUUCUCACACCUAUACAAUUCAAAGUUAA